GUGAAAGUUCACUAUGGUCUAAUCUUAUCACAGAUUUUUCACUGUUUCGCCUCCCUUUUUAUGCUAGUUGUUGUGCUAAAGGAUGGACUCGUUACUGUUCUGCUCUCGUCGGUCACCGGUGGUGUGUUUGAGCGGCUGUGUGUCUUCCAGUCAACAGUUAGCCACACAUGUAGGACUGGACAUCCUGAAGCGUGGUGGUAAUGCAGCAGAUGCUGCAGUUGCAGUAGCUGCAGCUCUAGCAGUAACGGAACCGGGAAGUACCGGUCCUGGGGGUGACGCCUUCUGCUUGUUCUAUAAUGGACAGUCUGGAGAGAUCAGAGGAAUAAAUGGCAGUGGUCGUUCGCCCAAAGCACAGACCUUGGAGUUUCUGGAAAGUCGUGGUUUCAGUGCUGAGACCCCUCCUUCAGCUUUUGAUGCUUUGAAUGUCACAGUACCAGGGGCCCCAGCAUGCUGGUGUGAUACUAUAAAGCAGUUUGGUAGUCACAAGCUGUCCUUGCACGAGGUGCUGAGUGGAGCAGUGCAACUGGCAGAGGUGGGGUUUCCUGUUGCCGAGGUAGCAGCUCACCACUGGGCUCAGGGGGUGACGGCCCUGCGAGGUGAUGGCAAAGAAUUAGGUGGAGACCUGUUGAUUGAUGGUCACGCACCCAAACACGGACAAGUGUUCAAAAACCCUGCCCUGGCCCGAACCCUGAGGGAGCUGGGUGAACAUGGAAAAUCCGCUUUCUACGAGGGCAGAGUGGCCCAAGCCAUCGUUGACAUCAUCAUCCGACAUGGAGGAGUCAUGACCUUGGAUGACCUGAGCAGCCAUGACAGUGAGCUGGUCACCCCCAUAAGCACAGACUACAAGGGUGUGCGUCUGUGGGAGCCUCCUCCUAACGGUCAGGGAUUGGUUGCUCUGCUGCUGCUCAACAUCCUGGAGAAUUUCCCUCUCAAAGCGGUCGGCCAUAACAGCGCUGACUACAUUCAUGUGUUAGUGGAGGCUGUUCGUCUGGCACAAGCGGACGGCAUGCGUUACCUGGGUGACUCUGACCAUGUGACCAUCCCUCUCGAAACCUUACUUGACAAGAACUACAGCCAGCAGCGAUCCCAGUGCAUCAGAAUGGACAGGGUCAUGGAGGCAGUUGAACCUGGUGUGGUGACGGGAAGUGACACUGUCUAUUUCUGUGUGAUUGACAGUCAGGGCAACGCUUGUUCAUUUGUCAACAGCAACUAUUUGAGCUUUGGAACCGGGCUGGUCCCAAAGGACUGUGGAUUCCCGUUACAGAAUCGUGGUGGGAACUUUAACCUGCGUCGUAACCAUCCUAAUUGCAUCGCUGGGAGGAAACGGCCAUAUCACACCAUUAUACCUGCACUCCUCACGGACUCUGCAACCAAAUAUGGAAAACCACAACUCCUCGCUGCACUGGGGGUGAUGGGGGCUUUCAUGCAGCCACAAGGACAUGUCCAGGUUUUGUUAAACAUGUUGGAGUUUGGGAUGAACCCUCAACAGGCUCUUGAUGCACCACGGGUAUAUGUGCAGUAUGAUAGUAAAAUUGCUCAGUGGACGGUGAAUCUGGAGGAAGGAAUCGACCAAAAUGUAGCCGAGGAGCUGAGAAGACGAGGCCACACUGUCAACUGGCCAAUCACAGGUCAUAAAAGGUCUCAGUUUGGACGAGGACAAAUCAUCACAGUGGGGGAUUGGUGGAAACCAUCUGUCAAUCAAGCUGAUCAUCCAUCCAGGGUGCUGUGGGCGGGAUCAGACCCUAGAGCUGAUGGAUGUGCUCAGGGAUACUAGACCAACAUACAGUACAUGACCUCAUGUCCACUUCAGGAAAUCAGAUCAAGUGAUCACACAAAUACCAGAGAAUGCAGGUUUUUACACAUUAAACGAAGAGAAUGGGUAGAAAAAAAAUUUUGCUUUGUGCCUUCAGUGUGAAAAAUUGAUUACUAAGUGUCUUAAUUCACCAUGUUCUUAUGCCAGAAUAUUUAUACAUCAUUAUUAUUUCUAUGCAAUGCUGACAGUGUGAAGUAGAACUAUCUCAACUGUUAAUCAUGAAAUUACAGUUUAUUUUUUUUGCUCAUCUGAUUUCAAGCUGCUAUAUUAGUAUGUGUAGGAUUUUGAGCACCCUUUAAUCUGCUGUGAUAAACA